AUGGCCUCACCGACGUUGCAGAGAAGCGGGGCGGCGAGGCUCGGGGGCGACCGUUGUGGAGGAGGAUGGGGACGAGGCGUCGUCGCCGUGUCGGGGAGGCGGACGCAGUCCGGCGGGGAGGAGGACGGGGACGCGGCGACGGCGGGGCAGCGUCAGGCGAGGUCAGCUCCGGGCGGCAGCGAUCCGGUGAUGGGGCCACGGGUGGUGGCUCGGGCCGGGGUUGUCGAGGCCGACGCGGGGAGGCGAGGUGGCGGAGGAGGUGGUCGAGGUCCGGCGAAGAGGGGCCUGCCUGUCAUUGGCCCCAAGGGGCCUAGAGGGUUCGGCGGGUUCGGGUGCUGGAGCGGGCAACGGGCACCUGGGCGCGCGCUCGUCGGCAGGGAGUACGGCGGGGCGAGGCCACGGGCGCGACGUGCUUGCGCGUGGGCGCGGGCUGGGGAAAGCGAGGGCGCGGCGAGGCGGGCGAGCAGAGCAGCGGCAGUGGGUGCGGGCGAGCAGGGGGCGGACUCGCCCGAACGGCACAAGGCGAUGGCGACGGUGCGGCCGGCAGCGGCGACCAGCACCGUGGCACAGCGGCCGGAGGCGAGCGCCGGAAAGGGGGAAGAGGCAUCGCGGGGAGAGGGACGGGGGCCGAGGCGUGCGCCGGCGCGGUGA